AUGAGUGUUUGGCAAAUAUUUCUCCUCUAUUUUCUCAAGUUUAGUACUUUGGAUGGUUCUUCAUUUUAUCAACAAUUAUACUUGUUGGGAAUGGACUGUGGAAAUAGUAUCACGAGUCACAUUAUUUCAGGGAGCACUAGAAAUGUCAGAUCUAGGAUAGAGUGUGCAGCUCACUGCUUGACAACUACAGGCUGUGAAACCAUUUUGUUUGACAAUAAGAUCUACUACCGACGUGAUGGGUUUUGCACGCUGGUCACUGAGUCGUCGCCAGUAAGUCCGUAUGUAUUGGAGAGCAACUCGUCUGUAUGCUUCAUGAAAAAAAUAUCCGUGGAAACAACUCACUCAACACCCACUGAAACAAUCAGAACACCGACAACACCAACGACACCGGCAACAAUGACAACAACACCGACAACAACUACGACUUCACUGCCAACAAUGACAACAACAACGACACCGGCAACAACUACGACUACACCGACAACAACGACACCGACAACAACGACACCGACAACAACGACACCGACAACAACGACACCGACAACAACGACAACGUCUAUGGGAGAGACCAUCAUUGAUAUAAUAGACAACCUUUACAACAUGUGCACCAUGAACUCUCAAUACGGUAAAGCCAUAGUUACUACCGAUGGGGUUUAUCUCUAUGACAACGCCGCAUCACUGACCACUGGGGCAUGUAGGACUAUGACUAAUGCAGAGUUGUUCCAAGGAUUCACCUCCCUCCCUGAUAAGAGCACGUGGAAAGCUCUGCUUACCUACACCAAUACUUUUUUUGACCUAAUUACAGAUGCUGAUCAAGUGUACCGAUGGGCGAAACUCUCUGGAAGUAUUGUCCCAGUAUCAAGGUACCCCAAAUCCAAAAAGGAUUACAUCGCAGAUGCCGUUUUUUACACUCCUAUAGUCAUCUUUAGCGGUGCUCAAUGGGCGGUUUACACACAGUUAACCGGCACAAUGACCUUGUUCUUCUUUGACGCGUCCACAAUCUAUUACUACCGCCACCAGCCGCCUCACGAAGGCAGUUUCUCUAUUAAUGACACGACAAACGUGGAUAGCAACGGGAACCCAUUAAACCUGUGGUACAAUCUACCCAACAACGUGGUGGGCGUCACCGAAGAUGACAACUGGUCCAAACGUUUUAUCGUCGUCGACGUUAACCUGAAUGUGUAUUCCUACCAUUUACCCGACCCCUUCAACGUCAACACUUUUCCGCCGAUAUGUGUCCUACAGGGACAGUUACGGUUGUGAUCGGGUUGAAAGUAACUGCUGUUAAAAUGUACGUUAUUAAGGUUUUCCUACAGCUUAAAUUCAAUCCUAAA